GCUCCGUCGUAGCUGGAUUUUCGUAGCGUUUCUCUUAGCGGCGUGUCAAGACCCUCUUGAGCAGGCAGGCAGCGUUGAAGUACCAGUGACGACACCAUGGAAACGGAGUCGUUGAAUCGCAAGAAUUCCUCGCGGAAGAGCUCCAUUGUGAAUGGGAAUGGAGAUGCCUCGACCAAAUUGACCAACGGAGAUGCAGAUGGCGGCGACGGCGGCGGUGGCGAGGUGACGCUGAAGGCCAAGAUGAGUCUCCUCAACGGCUGCACGGUCAUCGUGGGCUCCAUCAUUGGCUCGGGCAUCUUUGUCUCACCCACCGGCGUGCUGAUGUACACGGGCAGCGUGAACCUGGCCCUCAUCGUGUGGGUGGCUUCCGGACUUUUCUCGAUGGUGGGCGCCUAUUGCUAUGCCGAACUGGGAACGAUGAUCACCAAGUCUGGCGCCGAUUAUGCAUACAUCAUGGAGACCUUUGGACCGUUCAUGGCCUUCAUCCGGCUCUGGAUCGAGUGCAUGAUCGUGCGUCCCUGCUCGCAGGCCAUCGUGGCCCUCACCUUCAGUACCUAUGUGCUGAAGCCCUUCUUUCCAGAGUGCUCCCCGCCAGAAGAUUCGGCCCGUCUCCUGGCCGUUUGCUGCAUCUUGGUGCUGACCCUAAUCAACUGCUGGGACGUUAAAUGGGCCACCGCUGUGCAGGAUAUCUUCACAUAUGCCAAACUGCUGGCUUUGUUCAUCAUCAUUGCGACGGGCAUGUACCAAUUGUCGCUGGGCAAUGUCCAGUACUUUACGUUCGACAACACUGACACCAGAGUCACGUCGCUGGCCCUGUCCUUCUACUCGGGCCUGUUCGCGUACAACGGCUGGAAUUACUUGAACUUUAUCAUCGAGGAGCUGAAGGAUCCCGUCAAGAAUCUGCCCCGCGCCAUUGCCAUCAGCUGCACCCUGGUGACCAUCGUCUAUGUGAUGGCGAAUGUGUCCUUCUACACCAUCCUGUCGCCCGAUGAGGUCAUGGGUUCCUCGGCGGUGGCGGUGACCUACGCGGAGCGAGCCUUCGGGGCGUUGGCCUGGACCAUUCCCGUCUUUGUGGCCUUGUCCACCUUUGGAGCUGUGAAUGGCAUCCUUUUGACCUCCUCGCGUCUGUUCUAUGCCGGUGCCAACGAGGGCCAGAUGCCCGAGAUCCUAACGAUGAUCCAGAUCCAGAGAUUCACGCCGACACCAGCUGUGCUGGCCAUGGCCCUGCUCUCCAUGCUGUACCUCACCGUCUCCGACAUCUUUGCGCUGAUCAACUACGUGGGAUUCGCCACCUGGUUGAGCAUCGGCGUCUCUGUCCUGUGCCUGCCGUGGCUCCGGUGGGCCCAGCCCAAUCUGCCGCGUCCCAUCCGUGUGCCCUUGGUCUUCCCGAUUGUCUACCUGCUGGCCACCGUGUUCGUGACCGUGGUGCCCAUGUACGCCAGUCCCGUGGAGACGGGCUACGGCAUUCUGAUGAUCCUCUCGAGCAUACCCGUCUAUCUGGUGUUCAUUGCCUGGAAGAACAAGCCCGUCUGGUUCCAGAAGUUCAUGGUAAGCAUCACACACUUCCUACAAAAGCUGCUCAUGGUACUCGGAAGGCAAACGAAACCAGCUCAGGUGUAAAGAUGUAUGUUCUUCGGGCCAACAGCAAAUGAAAGCAUUUAAACAGACACUCCUCUAAUACGACAUUAUACGACAUUAUAGCCAGCCAAAAGAUACACAUAAAACACAUAGAACUUGCCUGGAAAGGAGAUCUAAUUCCCUGGAAUUCCAAGAUCUCCUGGAAGGUCAUAUUUUUAUAUACACACAGUGUCCAGUGGGCAGACAGCUCUGGGGCUCUGGGGCUCCAGGGACUAUGCGAAAGACUGUGAAACGAAUGGGAAAUUACAAGGAAAACACAUGCUCCAGAGUCGUUUGCCAAUUUGAAGAUUAUCGAUAGACCUUUCGAAUAGUUUAAAUGUUUUUUGCUUGUUCAAGAAAUACCAUAGGAAAUACUUCGAAACUCACUCAUUUGACAGGUUUACAGAGCUCUGAGAUUAGUUCUUAGAAAAGGAUCUAUUAAUUUUAAAGCUUAUACGAUAUAAUUUUAAAGAUACGUUUCGUUUUUUAGUGUAGUCUUAAGUGGCCCGGCAAUUUGAGUUCCACAAUUUGUGUUUAAAACCAUAAGCAGCACAUUCAGACUAUGAUGUGCCUCGACAAAAACGUUUUUAAUGAGAUUCUGUCCAGGAAAACAGUUCGUGUUCAACGAAAGAGUCCUUUUGCUUAUGGGUAAUUUACAUAUACAGCGAAUCAACGUCAUUCCCAAUAGCAGACUAUCAUAUAGCGUUUUCUUAGAGAAAACAUUUACUGUGACAACUGUACAAAUCCUGAUUGAAUCCAGCUACCUUUUUGGCCUCCAACAUUGCCUACAACCCUCACAUAUCCAAUAGAGAAGCAGAACUACAUAGGUAUUCCCACAUAUACAUAUUAUUGUAAUAAGAUAUUGAAAAUAUUGGAAAAUUGUUGUCUAUCGAAUUGUAGAAUUGAUUUCAGCAUUGAUUAGUUGUUGUUGAUUGCUUUGGGUGUCUUUACAUUUAUGACGGGGGACAGCCCCCCGCCCCCCCUGGGAGAGUGUUAAUCGUAUAACUCGUAUUAUUGCCUAUUUAGCAUUCAAGCUACACAUUUACUACGAUAGGAGCCGCAGCUGGGGAAUCUGUUUAAACUACUAUGAAACAUAUUGUUGACAAUAAUAUUGUAUGU